GUGCCUGAUGCUGGCUAUCAUGGCCGACCCUGUAGCAGAAGAGCACGCGUCCCAAGUGAGUGAACUCUGCUGCGAAUGUGGUCAGUUCCACCUCUUGCUGGACAAUCAUCUCUACAACUUCCAGGAUGAAGUGGACGAUGAACUCAUCUGCCAUAUCUGCCUCCAGCCUCUGCUUCAACCUAUGGACACUCCCUGUGGACAUACGUACUGUUUCAAGUGCCUUGAAAACUUCAUGCAGGAGUAUAACUUUUGUCCUAUGGAUCGGAAAAAGCUCUCUUUCCAGCAGUGCCACAAGUCCAGCCUUCUAGUACGAAACCUGUUGGAUAAGCUGAUUGUCUUCUGUCCUUUCAAGGCAGAGUGUCAGCAGACGAUGCAGCGGUGUGAACUCGAAGCUCAUCUGCAGAACAGGUGUCCUGGUUUCAAGAAAUACAAAUCGGAACUGCAGCAGAAAAAAAAUCCCAUUUCCAAAGGGAAGGAAGAUCCUCCUGCCAAGGUGGAGACAAACACGCCGAAGGAUCCAGAGGAACUAAGUGGAGGAUUGUCACUUGUGGCAGAAAGCUCUGCAGCUGCUGUGGUAUCGCUAGGGACUGCGGAGCCUGGACUGGUUAAUCCAGCUUUUGAGGAGACUGAAGAAGACCUUCCUCAGAGAACUAGUCUUGUGGCUGAAACGACCACGAUUGAAAUUCACCGAGAAGACCCGGAGGAAGAGCUGGGGAUGAGGAUAGUUGGGGGUAAAGACACCCCGCUAGGAAACAUUGUUGUUCAGGAAGUCUUGCGGGAUUCUGUCAUUGCUGCAGAUGGAAGAAUAGCACCUGGGGACCAUAUUCUUGAGGUGAACGGCGUCAACAUCAGCAGUGUGACUCACUGCCAAGCUGUCUCCUUCCUGCGCCACCCAGGUCCUGUUCUCCACCUCAUGGUCCUGCAGGAGAAGGGUUUUUCCAAUAAGACUGCACAGCAGGAUUCCACUUCUGCUACAAAUCGGGAAGUGAUCCACGUUACCUUGAUAAAGAGAGACCGAUCUGAACCCUUGGGAAUCAAACUGAUCAGGAAGACGGAUGAGGCAGGGAUUUUUAUUCUAGAUCUGUUAGAGGGAGGUUUGGCAGCCAAAAAUGGAAAGCUGAGUCGGAAUGACAGAGUCCUGUCAAUAAAUGGCCAGGAUUUGAGGCAAGGAACACCCGAGGCUGCUGCCCAGAUUAUCCAGACCACUGAAUCCAGGGUGAACUUUGUCGUCUUGAGGCAGCCAGGCGUACAGCUGUCGGACCCGGUAGAGGACAGCAGCACAUCAAAUAACAGCAGCAGCAGCAGUAGCAAUGGAGGAAGCCCGGUGCACCAUCGGAGACGACUAGACCAGAAUCACUAUAGACGAAAAUCUAAUUAUCAGAAGGAUUUACCUCAGGGAUAUGUAAGUCAUGAAAAGACAGUUGCAAUAAAAAAAGAACCAAAGGAAUCUUUAGGAAUUACAAUUGGAGGCGGAAGGGAUAACAAAAACAAGCUCCCUAUAUAUGUAACGAGUGUGCAGCCCAUCGGAUGCCUCUUCAGGGAUGGCAGAAUCAAGCGAGGAGACGUACUUUUGAGCAUAAAUGGCAUUGAUUUGUCUCAUCUGAACUACUAUGAAGCUGUCUCAGCACUGAAAUCUAAUGCAGCUUCCCACUCAGUCAUACUGAAAGCCUUGGAAAUCCUUUCACUGAACUCGACAGAGCCAUCUCUGGACAUCAAGGAGCAAGGAUUCAGCUGGUCUCCUCUCUGGAUCACAUGGCUUGGAUUGCCUAGCUACCUUCAUUGCUGUCAAGACAUUGUCCUUAGUAAAGGCAACCUGGAAAGCUGGGGCUUCAGCAUUGUUGGAGGCUUUGAGGAAAGCAAAGGAAACCAGCCAUUCUUCAUCAAAACCAUCGUGCCUGGGACUCCUGCCUUCCGAGACAGGAAACUGAAGUGUGGAGAUGAAAUAGUGGCAGUAAACGGAGUGCCGGCGAUAGGAAUGAGCAACUCAGAACUAAUCCCAAUGCUGAAGGAGCAAAGGAACAAAGUCACGCUUACUGUGGUGUCCUGGCCGGGAAGCCUCGUGUGAAAGCUCAAACAAAAUAAGCAACAGUUUCAGGUAUCAGAUACCAGUUGGCCAUCACACAAAGCUAAACACGUGCCAGACAAACCAAAGGAACGCUGAACUCGUGCUACACAGUGUAUUGCCAUGGAAGGCUUCUAGCUUCCUUUUUGGAGAAAACAUUUCUUUACUGUGCUGAGGUUAUCAACAAAUCUGGUUGCUGGAUUCAAACUAAUGGUUGAUCUGAACAGUUGUAGCUUCCUGGGCUCAUUACAGCCCUUCAGAAUCGGCGUUGCAGAGAAAGCUCUUUUUCCAGCGCUUCUCUGCAAAUUGCCUUUGAGGCGCUUUCCUCAGUUUUAGAGCUCUGCUUUCCACUUAGUAUUUUGAACAGGUUAAAACAGCCACGACUGUCCCAUUUCCCCUGCUAGUUUAAUACAGUUCUGCUGAUUGCUGACUGCCAUUCUUAGACACUGAGUCAUUUUAUACGUGCUUUUAAAAGCCACUAAUAAAACUGUAAAGAUGUGGAUCCAAUUUAGCAGUUCCUGUAGCCCCCAGUCUUGAUAUAUUUUGCUUACUGAAACCUAAUGAAUGUGUUUAUACUCUCAGCUGAAGAGCUGCUGGGUUAGCAUGGUGGAGCUGUGUUGACUUGUAUGAAGGUCCUAUCACCAGGUAGCUGUCGCAAAUCAUGAUUUAGGAUCCUGCCACCUAUGCCAAUUUGUUGCCAAUAGGUGAUUUAGACUACUUGAAGAACCACUGUCAAAGGUAUCAGCAAAGGUGGUUUCACUGAAAUACAAUGUUAUAGAAGUAGGACUUAGAGUUCAGUAGCCAGGUUCACUCUUACUUACUGCACAAAGGAUGUAACAAUGAUUCAGAACUACCAAGACACAAAUCAAAGUGACCAUAAUACAAGGUUAUGCGUGAUACCGGGCGCUCACCAAAGAUCUGCAGUUGGUGAGAGGUGUCUCAGCCUUGAGAAGCAACCUAGAGAGGUGUCCCUGCUCAAGGGGAGAUCACCGCCACGCAGCCAGCUGCUUAGCAGGGAGAGCUCAAAGAAGGCUCGCUUAGGCUGUCAUAUUUAUGGAAUAAAGUGGUUGGCUUAUAGUCAACUUAAAUGUGAUGGAAGAGGUAUGGAUGAGACUCCUUGUACACACCUUUCUUUGUUCCUCGAUAAACACGUCGUGGAAAAGCCACAUGCUAUUCAUGUGUUAAUUGCAUGAUGGCUGUUCCAAGCUCACAGACAGGGAUGCUCACACUGUCACUGCUCCUUUUGUGGGUUUUCACAGAACAGAUUGGAACCAGAGAAGUUCCUGGCUGGGCUAUGGCUUCAGGCCUUUACCUCCUUUGAAGCCUACACCAAACUACCGCUAGUUCGGUUAAGGAGUUGAGUGCAUCCAUCACAGUAACCAGAGAGAAGGAAUCUGUUAAAUUUUCCUCCCCUUCCUCAGCUUGGUUUCCUUGGUUUUAUGAUGUAAUAAAAUGAUCAGCUUUUCCCACAGAAAUUAGAUAGUAAGUAACAGGUUUGUUACAAGAGACCUCUGUCCCAGGAUGCUGUCUUAUAUUUUUGCCAGUUUCCCAGUGCUCAGAUGCAGAAUUAAGGCAGGGGCAGGAGGAUGUACCUGACACAGGCAUGCGAGAUGAGCUCCUGCAGUCCUAUUCACGUCCCUCUUGCAGCUGGAGCAAACUGUCAACUCGCUGGAUCAGGGUAAGCUCAGAGGGUCGUUGGCUGCCUCGGCCACAUCGUACCGACUGUAUGAAAUAAGCUACCUCCAGGACAGUGGGCCCAGUUUGGCUUCAGUUCAAACCCACUGUAUAGUUAACAAUUUAGAGUAAAAGAAUUGACGCCAAGGCAGGUUGGUUUGACCUAUGACGCCUACCUGCUAACUUCCUACCUGGAAACUCCACAUAAAGCAGCACUUCCCUCCUUUAUAGAAGGCUGUUAAGUCAGCAGUAGAAACAUCAGAUCUUUCAAACCAGGUUGCAGUGAGGGAUCUUUCCUCUUAGGCUGCUUCUGCUGUACCUUUUAUGGGGCCAGCUCAGAUUUUAAGAAUGAAAGGAGUUUCUCUCCCCUGUAAAAUGCUACCCAGAACGAAUGCUGAAUUCCUUGUAGUAAACUGACUGCAGGUAAGUGCCCAUCAUUGUCUUAAGAGGUGCUUUUUCUUAGGGCUGGCUACAUCAUAAUUAGCUAUUGCUGCAGAGUAGAAUUGGUCCUUGCUAGGUGACUUAGUCGUUGACGCACAGAGUGACUUCACUUCCUUGGGCUGUUAGCUUAAGGCCGUAGUGAGCAGGGCCUGUUAUCAGAGUCUAUUAUACAGAAUUAGCUUAGGAUCCCAUCGUCACAAAAGCUUCCCUGGCACACGGUGUGGCCUCUUUGUUUGGCUGACAAAUACUGCUCUGGACUUCAACAGCAGAAACAGUGUGUGGCCAGCUGGGCUCUGGGGCCUUUUUUUUUUUUCCCCCCCCCUGUUGUUCCUACUGAAUGCUGAGAACAAAAUAAUUCAGAAGUCA